AUGGCUACUACAGCAAUAGAAAUGACAGUUCCCUGUGAAUAUUGUGACUCUCAGAUUAGCCUUGAUAAUUAUAUUGCACACACAAAAAAAUGCUCGAGCAAUGUAAAGAGUCAUGAUAGAAACACUCCAAAGCGUGCUGCCAAUGAGAAGCCUGACACUAACGAAAGUUCAUGCGGGUAUUGUGACGCACACGUCGAUGCUCGAUAUUUCGAAGAGCAUACCGAACAAUGUGCUCUUCGUUAUAAACAAGAAAGAGAUGAAGUACAAAACUAUGAAAGUGAAGAAUCUAUUAUUAUCCCUUGUGAAUACUGUGAGGCUCCAGUUAAAGCGGAGAACUGGGAGUGGCAUGUGGAAAAAUGUGCGGAAGCCGAGAAAAGGCGGUUGGAAAAGAUGUCUGAGAAACUAUCCUUGAAAGUGUCCAAUGAACGUAUUUCAUGUAAAUAUUGUGGUCAUCAUUAUCGAGCGCAAAUCUUCGAAGAACAUCAGAAAAAAUGUCGACGCGAGAAACUAGAAGCAGCGAUUCUGAAGAGACAUGCAGAAGUUCAAAUUAUGGAAAAUCUAGUCACUAUACCAGAGCACUGGGAUGAAUCUUCAACACAAAACCUCACUCGAUAUGUAUUAGAUCCUGUGUCUGAUGAGUAUCAAGCUAUAGCAACGAACUUUCACAAAACAUUGCCGACGAGCAAAAUCAAUCAAAUCGAACGUAUCCAAAAUCGACGUUGGUUUCGUCAAUACGAAGCUCAUAAGGAUCAUUUUAUUGAACGUUAUGGUAAAAGUACGGAACAAUGGCUAUUUCACGGAUGCCGUCGAUCGGAAGCUGCUGACGCUAUUAUCAAAGAUUGCUUUAAUCGUAGUCAUGCUGUAAACUGUGCUGCCGGUCAAGGCAUUUAUUUUGCUGUACAAUCCUACACUAGUCAUCGUUACACAUCACCGGAUGCAAAUGGAUUGAGAUAUAUGUUUAUGGCUCGCGUUCUAGUUGGCAAAACAACAGCCGGCAAUCCUUCUACUCGAGUUUGUCCUCCAGGUUUCGAUACAACAGGUGCACGUGGUGUAUAUGUAACAUAUCAUGACGCUCAAGCAUAUGGACAAUAUUUGAUAACUUAUACAUAA